AUGGAACGGUUAACAUCUCCUCCUCGUCUGAUGAUAGUCUCAGAUCUUGAUGAUACAAUGGUUGAUCGUCAUAAUGAUCCUGAGAAUCUGUCUCUACUGAGAUUCAAUUCAUUGUGGGAAGACGCUUAUCGCCAUGGCUCUCUUCUUGUUUUCUCAACUGGAAGAACACUAGCCAUGUACAAGAAACUGAGGAAAGAGAGACCAUUGUUGACUCCUGAUGUUAUCAUUACCUCUGUAGGCACUGAGAUAGCUUAUGGUAACUCCAUGGUUACUGAUGAUCAUUGGGUUGAGAUCAUGAACAAUAAAUGGAACAGAGGAAUCGUCCAAGAAGAAACCAGCAACUUCCCUGAGUUAACUCUUCAGAGAGAAGCUGAUCAGAGACCAAACAAAGUUAGCUUUUGGAUUGAUAAGAGUAAAGUUGAGGCAGUGAGUAAAGAGCUGCAUCAACGGUUGGAGAAACGUGGGUUGGAUGUGAAAUUUAUAUUCAGUGGAGGAAAGGCUUUUGAUGUUAUACCAAAAGGUGGAGGAAAGGGACAAGCUCUUGCUUAUCUGCUAAAGAAGCUCAAGAAUGAAGGAAAGCUUCCUGUGAACACUCUUGUUUGUGGUGACUCUGGAAACGACACUGAACUAUUCACCAUUCCUGAUGUGUAUGGUGUUAUGGUAAGCAAUGCUCUAGAAGAGUUGUUGGAAUGGUAUGAGAAGAAUGCGAAAGACAAUCCGAAGAUAGUCCAUGCGAGUGAGAGGUGUGCAGGUGGGAUUAUAGAAGCCAUUGGUCGUUUCAAGCUCGGUCCAAACCUUUCUCCGAGAGAUGUUUCUGACUUCUUGGAGUGUAAAGAGGAUAAUGUGAAUCCUGGUCAUGAGGUUGUCAAGUUUUUCUUGUUCUAUGAGAGAUGGAGAAGAGGUGAAGUUGAGAAUUGUGAGGCAUACACAGCAAGCCUCAAAGCUUCCUGUCACCCUGCUGGUGUCUUUGUUCAUCCAUCUGGUGCUGAGAAGUCUCUCAGAGACACCAUUGAUGAGAUUGGAAAGUACCAUGGAGACAAAAGAGAUAAGAAGUUUCGGGUUUGGACGGAUCAGGUCUUUGCAACAGACACUACUCCUGGGACUUGGAUAGUGAAGCUUAAUAAAUGGGAACAAACUGGGAGUGAAAAGAAAUGUUGCACAACAACUGUCAAAUUCACCUCAAAGGAAAAUGAAGGAUUUGUGUGGGAACAUGUGCAGCAAACAUGGUCGGAGGAAUCAGAAGUGAAGGAUGAUAGCAACUGGAUCAUCUAA